GUUGCAGUACCCGGCCGUGCCGUUGGUGGCCGCUGUUUCCCGGUGAACGCGGCUUUCCUUCAGCUGUUUUCCGGUGUGACAGCAGCGGGGGGAUGACAGCACCGACGCUCACGGCCCUUCUUCCAUUCAAGCCGACUGCAAAACACCGACAGACACAAGCAGUUGUUUGGACUUCGGGCUCCGCGUUGAGGGAGUUUCUUCUUUAUGCAGCAGCAGCAGCAGCGUCGACAUGGCAGAUGACAAGGACGUGUUGAGAGACGUUUGGUUUGGUCGGAUCCCCACCUGCUUCACCCUGAACCAGGAUGAGGUUACAGAGAGAGAGGCUGAGCCUUACUAUCUGCUUUUACCCAGGGUGAGCUACCUGACUCUGGUCACAGACAAAGUGAAGAAACACUUCCUCAAAGUGAUGAAGGCAGAGGACGUGGAGGAGAUGUGGUUCGAGUACGAAGGGACGCCGCUGAAAUGGCACUAUCCAAUCGGAGUUCUGUUCGACCUCCAUGCCUCCAACACCGUCUUACCCUGGAGUAUCACUGUGCACUUUAAGAAUUUUCCAGACCGUGACCUGCUCCACUGCCCGUCCAGCUCCGUUAUCGAGGCUCACUUCAUGUCCAGCAUCAAGGAGGCCGACGCCCUCAAGCACAAGAGCCAAGUCGUCAAUGACAUGCAGAAGAAAGACCACAAGCAGCUGUGGAUGGGCCUGCAGAACGAUAAGUUUGACCAGUUCUGGGCCAUGAACAGGAAGCUGAUGGAGUAUUCCACCGAGGACGGAGGCUUUAGAUACAUCCCCUUCAGGAUAUACCAGACGAUGAGUGACAGGCCAUUCAUCCAGAAGCUGUUUCGCCCGGUUUCACCUGAAGGCAACGUGCACACACUCGGCGACCUGCUGAAAGAGAUGUACCCGACUGCUUUACCAAACGACGGUGAGCCGAAGCGUUACCAGGUGGUGAUCCACGGCAUCGAGCCUCUGCUCGAGACUCCUCUGCAGUGGCUCAGCGAACACCUCAGCCACCCUGACAACUUCCUGCACAUCUGUAUCAUCCCGACCCCCACCGACUGAGGCCGGGCCCACCUCACCACCCCCUGCGCCUCGCCGUCAGCGUGACCGACCAAACCAACCGACCAACCAGCUGACCACCCCUCCCAACCCCACGCCGGCCCGUCCCGGCCGGGGUAACUGCAGAAAACGGUAGCGCUCGACGGUGGAAACUGUGAACUAACCAGACUCUUUAACAAGAAGAGGAAGAGAAUUUUAGAUAAAUGAAGAUGAACUAAAGAUUCGAAGGAGGCGUUUAACAAACCUUCUUCUCCAUCUUGUUGUCUAUUUAUAUUUCUACUCCUCCUACCGCUACUGCUCCUCUUUUCCUCUCUGAAAAACUUUAAAAGGGUGCGAGGAUGAAAAGACUUUUCUUUCGGUGGUCGGAGGAUCUCUCCUUUUUCUACUCUUUCUCCUCCUCCUCUCUGAAACUAACAUCUCCACAGGAGGAGAGGAGGUGAACGGAUUCCUCGUUUUUUUUCCAUCCUGCCAUACGUCUCCAAGAUAAAAGACUGUCCUGCUGACAGGGACUUUGGGGGAGGUGGGGGAGGCGUAUCCAGUCCUGCUGAAGUUGCCUUAGUUACCACGUUCAUGCGUUUAUCUAAAUCUGAGUUUACAUCACAGCCUGCAAACAUCGUCGUCACACCGAGGAACCUCUGCUGGUUUGGUUUGGACAGAUCAUUUUUGGGUGAGGUUGCUCGCUUCAUUUGACAAAGUGAGCUGGAAUAAGACGAGGACGAGCCGUUCCAGAGCUCUGAGGGACUCUGACCGAUCCCCGGCACACUUUGGGUCCGGUUUGGACGGAGCGUCCGGUGCCGGAGUUCUUCUGUAGAAGCAAUGAAGUGUAACUCAUGUUUUCUAAUCAUUUUUCAUCUUCAACUUAACGAUAAAUUAAAGUUUCAUAUAACUCGGGUCUGUGUUAAUGGUGAAUGCUCCUCUGCGGGUGAUUGGGUGAUGAACAGUCUGCACUGUGUCUUGCUGUGCAGUCAGAUCGCGGAGCCAACUCCACACGUGUUUCCAAUAGCAGGUGUUGAUUUCUCUGCAUCAAUACAACACAGUUUAGCGGUUUUACUGUCUGUUUUUGUCCCAUUCUGGCUCGAGCCUCUUUGUCUGCUGCCAACCUUAAACGAGCAUCUGGUUUUGUUUCAUUUUAAGAACUCGGCGUAGAUAAUGAGGCAGCAGGCAUGAUUAGCAUUAAGUCUGCAGGCUGUCUGAGUUAUUUGACGUGUCCUGCGUCAGAUUUUAGUUUGUGGACAGAAACAAAAGCGUACAUGGUUUUUGACAGAGCACUAACUUUAGUCUGCUCAGAUUAGAUUAUUUGCUGGAUGUUGAGACCAUAAAUUCAUCAAUAACUUUUUUUUUAAAGCAGUUUGUACCGUCAGCAUCUUUUUCUUUUUUUACAUGUGUUCAUACUGAAAUAAAAUGACACUUAAAGCAUUUAACUGUCAUCCCGAAUGACUUCAAAUAAAAGUGAGUUGAUUCAAA